AUGGCAGAAUCAUAUGAGCCGGCAGUAUCACAUGAGCCGGCAGUCAAUGGAAAUGGAAAUGCCGGACUGCUGAACGGUUUCGAGGUCGAGCCGCUAGUAGGCAAUAACAAAGGACCGGUUGCCGAGAAGAGAAAGCUAGAUGAACCAGGGCCCAGAGACUGGGAGGGCCAGGAUGGCAAAAGACGAAAGGGCACUGCUCCCAUCAGGGAGGAAUACCUCAUUCGUUUUGGUAAAGACCAAGGUAUUGCACCGAAGCCUCAACAGGAUGCUGCCGACGAUGAUGCAGCGGAAGCAUUCCAUCACAAAGAUCGUGCUCCGGCCAGCAACAAUUCAAGGAAAAGAGGGAAGAAUCAAGGCCAGAACACUGGUCGAAAGUUUGGCAAAUCUCGAGAUGAAGUGGCCCUCUGCUCAAGUCGGACGCACGCGCCGGAAUUCUCACCGUCAGAAUGCACAUAUGGGGAGCGAUGUCGCUUCGAACAUAACUUAAGGAAGUAUCUAAAGGAGCAUAAGAGGGAGGAUCUAACCACCUUUGAUGGAACAUGCCCUGUUUGGCAGGUGCUAGGCUACUGCCGUGCUGGCUGGAAGUGUCGCUUUGUUGGUUCGCAUUCCAAACAAAUCGAGCACGCCGACGGGAGGAAGGAGCUCAUUCUGGUGGAAGACGAGGCACAAAAGUCUCAGGAUCGGCCCAGCUCUAUUGAAGAGACUGGAAUAGGCGUGGUCAAUUCGAUAUCUCCUGAAGUCCGCAUCUCUCUUACCAAGCGCAAAUUUCACACUCCCAAAACAGAGAUCUAUCUGAAGUGGCUUGACAGUGUCCAAACUAAGACUGAUCAAGGCCGAAGAAGAGGCAAUUCCUCGUCUCCAGAACCCGCUGAUACCCAGAACAAUGACAUGUUGGCGAAGGAAGACAAUCGCUGCAUCUAUAAAGAACCUCCAUUCCUGCCCUCCGAAAAACGCCGUCUGUACUUCGACCCAUCCACUCCAGUCCUUGCUCCCUUGACUACCCAAGGCAAUCUACCAUUCCGUCGCCUUUGCAGCUCUCUAGGAGCAGUAUUCACCUACUCUGAAAUGGCCAUGUCUCUCCCCCUCAUACAAGGCCACAAGCCCGAAUGGGCCCUUAUCAAAGCCCACGAAUCCGAGCUACAACCACCAACCCUCACCAAAAAAGACAACAUCGUCCACAAUCACCCAGCCUACAUUCCAUCGACUGACUCCCGUUUCUCUGCCCAGAUUGCCGCAAACAAACCCUGGGUAGCCACCAAAGCCACCGAAGUGCUCACCGCCCUCCUCCCACCGAACUCCCUCCGCAGCAUCGACCUCAACGUCGGCUGUCCAAUCGACCUGGUCUACCGUGAAGGCGCCGGCUCUGCGCUCAUGGAUUCACCUGCGAAACUGGAGAAAAUCCUGCACGGCAUGAACGUCGUCUCAGGCACCACGCCUAUAACCUGCAAGAUUCGCAUGGGCACCAAGGACGGCAAACCCACCGCACAGAAACUGGUCGAACGCCUAAUUCUAGGAGGGGGAGAUGAGGCGAGUAUUGCAAGUCUGGGCGGUGCAACGAGCGGUGUUGCGGCCAUCACCCUCCACGGACGCAGCAGACAGCAACGCUACACCCGCUCCGCAGAUUGGGAAUACAUCGCCGACACCGCCGCGCUCAUCAAACGGCUCAACAAUAUAACUGACGCUCUAAGCGACACGAUCCACGCCCAGGACCCCCGAACCCUCCCGCCCGGAGCCGAUAGCAAAGUCUUCUUCCUCGGAAACGGCGACUGCUACACCCAUACCUCCUACGAUACGCACAUCACCGAAGCAGGCGUCGACACUGUCAUGGUCGCACGCGGCGCUCUCCAGAAACCAUGGAUCUUCGAAGAGAUUGCCGCAGGGCAAAGCCUCGAUAAAUCGUCUUCGGAGCGGCUGGGGUAUAUUGAGCGGUUUUGCCGCUAUGGGCUCGAAGCCUGGGGAAGUGACGAGUGGGGCGUGGGGACGACGAGGAGGUUUUUGCUCGAGUGGUUGAGCUUUGCUUGUCGCUACGUGCCGAUUGGAUUGUUGGAGAGGGUGCCAACAGCUGCCGGUAGCGGCUGGAUGGAGCCGAGUAUUCAGGAUCGUGCGCCUGCGUAUAGGGGGAGGGAUGAACUGGAGACACUGAUGGCAAGUGAGGACUACCGGGACUGGAUUAAGAUCAGUGAGAUGUUCCUCGGUCCGGCGCACAAGGACUUCCGAUUCGAGCCUAAGCAUAGGAGCAAUGCUUACGAGAUACAAGCUGAAGGGUAG